GUCCCUCCUUCCUCCCCACCAAUGUCCCCUUCUCUCUUUCAGGCUCCCAGCUGGAACCCUGGCCAUGGACUCCUGAAGUGGUUCUGCCUUCUCUAGCUCAGCGGCAGACCCUAUCACCCAAGGCCCUUCCUGCCUCUCCCACAACCUGCGUCCAGGCUCCCAGAGGGAAGGGUGGGAGGGGAUCCUGAUCUCACGGGGCAGGGGGCAUCCAUCAUGAUGCUCAACUCAGACCCCAUGGAGCUGGACCUGCCUCCCACCCACUCUGAGCCGGAGUCAGGCUUCAGUGACUACGGGGGUGGGGCGGGCACCGAUGGGGCUGGGCCCAGGGGGCCAGGAGGGGGCCAGGCCCGGGGCCUGGAGCCGGGGGAGCCUGGCAGGAAAGACCUGCAGCACCUGAGCCGGGAGGAGCGGCGGCGCAGGCGCAGGGCCACGGCCAAGUACCGCACGGCCCACGCCACUCGGGAGAGAAUCCGCGUGGAGGCCUUCAACCUGGCCUUCGCAGAGCUGCGCAAGCUGCUGCCCACCCUGCCCCCGGACAAGAAGCUCUCCAAGAUCGAGAUCCUGCGCCUGGCCAUCUGCUACAUCUCCUACCUGAACCACGUGCUGGACGUCUGACGGCGGCCUGGGGGCGCCCUCCCCGGGCCUCCCCAGCUCCCUUCUCCUCGCCCCCUGACUAGGACAGACAUCCUUCUCCUGAGCCCCGUACCCUGGCAUGGAGCCCCCCAGGUCUGGGGUAGAGAUGAUGUCCCCGUGGGUCAUGAAGGCGGCUUUCUAUGACCGACCUUGGCGUCUUCUCCGUGUGUGGUUGGGCCCCAGCUGUUAGCAGUGUCUGCGGGAGGUGGGUGUCCAGUGCUCGUUGGAUUUACUAAGCUCCCCACACAUUGGGUCCCCCUAGCUCUCUCAAGGGCUGCUCCCUCUUCUACCCCAGAUUUUCUGAGACCCAGACCCCCACCCUGCCAUCCUCUUUCCACCCUGUUCCAGCCUCUCCUGCCCAUGGUAGGGAGGGAACGUGGGAACAGGAAGGGGUAGGCUGGGCUUAGGGUGAGGUGGGAUCUCAGUCUAGUUCGGCAGAGGGGCCUGUGAAGAUGACAUCAUCUCCGUGGGGGGAAUCCCAGUAGCUGACUUUGGGGAGAAAGUCUUCCUGUUUUCUAUCUUGUUCCUGAGGAUGCAGACCUUGAUGUUGGUAGAGAGUGCCUUGCGCUCUCUGAGCUAUUUGCUCCUCCCCCCUGCUUGGCCCCUCCCACUCCUACCGUUCCAAUU